AUGACCUUAGGGAUGAUUCACCUAGUUUUAGUGAUCGCAGGCGGUUCGCACUUUUACUGGAGUUUUAACGACAAUCAACUACUUCCAGAUUGGGGUCUGCCAGGGCAUCCAGGCGCCGGCUUGGUCCACUACCCUACAGAUGCCACUCGAGACGUUCUUCCCAUUCCUGUGCACUCGCAUAGCGACUACUGGAGGAGCAGACCCUUGUGCGAUGCCUUGUCUUGGGGCUGCAUGAGCGUAGAGGCCGACGUCUGGCACUUCCCUGGAGACAGCGAGCUCUAUGUGGGACACAAGACAAGGUCGUUGACCAAGGAUCGAACGUUCCGGAGAAUGUAUGUCGAUCCGAUUGUCGAGCUGUUGGAUGUCAUGAAUGAAGCAGCAGGCGUGGGCGAUGCUGGAGACUACAACACAACACGGCGCGGAGUCUUUGAUAGAGACCCGGCUCAGACUCUUGUCCUGAUGGUCGACCUGAAAACAGCCGGCGCGGAUACGGUGGAUGCGGUGUCAACUGAACUGGCCGCCCUACGCUCCAAAGAAUAUCUUUCGCACUGGGACGGUUCCCAGCUACAAAUUCGAGCAGUAACCGUUGUAGCCUCCGGAAACACGCCAUUUGACCAGAUCAUUGCUGCAGGCCAGCAUCGCGAUAUCUUCAUCGAUGCUCCACUGGAAGACCUCUCAACCAAAAGCUAUAAUGCUAGCAACUCGUACUAUGCAAGCGUAUCGUUCAAAAAGGCCGUAGGACAUGUUUGGAACGGCCAGCUGUCUUCGGAGCAGAUGCGAACUAUCCAGAACCAGAUAUCGGAAGCGCAUCAGAGAGGCCUGAAGGCCAGGUAUUGGGACACACCAGCUUGGCCUAUCAACCUAAGGAAUCACGUUUGGGAUGUUCUGAUGUCUGCGGGUGCUGAUGUACUGAAUGCCGAUGAUCUGAAGGCAGCGGCAUUAUCGGAUUGGAAGAGGCGUGUGCAUGGUCUGUGGUACUAG